UGUAACGAGAACAUGUUUGUAGCCGUCUUAAUUAUACUAGUUCCCAUUUGUGUUCUAUAUAUUUACUACAACCACGAAAAACACCUCCCGGGACCAUGGAAUCUGCCACUAAUAGGUUGUUUACAUAAGUUGGACCCUGUGGCACCGUACCUGACUUUGACAAAACUAGCACAAAAAUACGGACCAAUUUUUCGAAUCAAACUAGGUUUAGUAAACAUCGCCGUGAUUUCAGAAGCUAAAUUACUAAAAAAAAUUUUACUCAAAGACGAAGCUGUAGGAAGGCCGCCACUUUUUAUGUUACGUAUGAUGUUUAAGGACAAAGGGUUAACGUGUAGUCCACUCAGUCUAUGGAAAGAUCAGCGUAAGUUUACUACUAACUUUUUAAGAUCACUUGGGAUCACCAAAUUUUCACCAGCUAGAGAGCAACUGGAAGAUCUUAUAACGAAUUACACUGAUGACUUUGUAGAUCAUAUAAAUACUCAAGGGAAUUGUGUACCUCUGGACCCUGGAGAAGCCGUUACGCACUACGUCAGCAACAUAGCUGGUACUUUAAUUCUGGGUAAAUUUUUUUCGCGAGAUGACGCAGUUCGCAAAAAUUUGAUGAACAAUCUUGAGAUAAUAGUGCACGAAGCACAGAUUGGAGCAGCUUUAAACUAUUUACCAUUUUUACGGUUUUUGCCACAAUAUAGGAAAACUGUGAACACUUUUAGGGACACUAUGGACAAAAUUCUAGAAAGCUGUACUGUCUACAUUAAUGAGUGCGAAAAGACAUUUUCUAGCGACGAUUCUGCUACAAAUUUUAUUGAAGCGUUUUUGCUGCAACGAUCUAAAGGAGGUCCUCCAGAAAUCUACAACAUGGACCAACUCAUUUACCUUUUAUUUGACAUUUUUGCUGGUAGUACUGAAACUACAAUAGCUUCGUUAAAGUGGAUCAUUCUGUACUUGGCGCAGUACCAAGAUGUACAAGAUAAAGUACGUCAAGAAAUUUUUGAAAUUUUACAUGGAAAAAGACUAGAAAUGAGUGACGUACCGAAACUAUCGUACACGCAAGCAGUACUUACUGAAGUUUCCAGAAACAGAACUGCAAUACCACUGGGAUUUCCUCACUAUGCUUCUGAAGAUAUCUACGUUGAUAAUGUUAAAAUUCGCAGAGGUAUGACGAUAAUGCCGUUAUUGUGGGGCAUUCAUAUGGAUCCCAAAGUCUUUGACCAGCCUGAAGAAUUUCGCCCUGAGAGAUUUUUAGACGACGAGAAAAAAUUUGUACCUUCAGAGUCCAUUCUUCCGUUUCAGUGUGGUAAAAGAAUGUGCGUUGGGGAGGAGUUUGCUAGAACAAUGAUGUAUAUAUUUGUAGCUGCUCUAGUCAAGAAUUUUAAAGUUGAGCCGUGUGAAUCCAGUCCUGUAGCUUUUUCUGGGGUUUGUGGACUUUCAUUAGUACCCAAACCGCAGAAAAUUGUUUUUAUAAAAAUUUAA